UAGACAUCCGUGGUAAACGCACCGCGCUGAGCUCUCCAAAUCACACAAUGUAGGAAUCUGUCCCACAAACAUUAUAUAGGUGUGGUAUUUUCUACGAUCUGGACUUAUGCGCUUCCGGUCGCGUGGGGCUGCUUCGCCUCUCUCCAGACCACGUGGUCCGCUUCGGGGUCAAAACAAACUUUCAGCUAGAGAUCGGAGUUGUGGACGUCUUUACCUGCGAGAAGCCUAAACUUCACCAGUUCGUGUUUAAAAAGAAAGGAGACGCCGUGAACCAGUGGGUGAAAGACUUUCUGACCGAGUACGCAGAGAGCUUCCCUCAAGCGCCCGACACGCUGGAGGCCAACGUCGACCGCUGCAUCCACGGUCAGACGGGGUUUGAGCAUCACACCUUUGAGGAGAUGUGGGACCUCUACAGCAGCUUCUCCAUCCAGAAACGGGAACCGGAGCGUUUCACUCAGGAGCAGAAGGAGACGAUCCAGAGAGCUCACACGUCUGUGACGAGAUGGCUGAACACGCCGGUGACUCGUUCCACAAGUGUGCAGAUGAGGAGGUUCAGGAAGUACGUCCAUGACAGGAAACAACAGGAAGAAUCGAGCUCCUCCCAGAGAGACCCUCUGUCGUCGCUGGAUGAUGAUGAUGAUGCAGAACAGGUGGCUGCUUCUGUGGAAGACUCCCUCACCUCAGAGCGCCCAGUAACAGGAGACGCAGAGACCAGGAAGCUGCUGAAGACUGUUGCUGCUCCUGCUUCUACAGCUGCUGCAGGUCCUCCUGGCCCCUCUGCUCCUGCUGGUCCUCCUGGUCUCGCGUCCGCUGCUGGAUGUUCUGCUGCUGUGUUGGACCCACACAUUGCUGAAUCCAAGCUGCUCCUACCGUCUGGGACGAGGCAGCAAAACAGCAGCACAUUAAAUCCAGACGAGGACACUUUCCGACAGCAGCAAGACGCAGACGUCCCACCCCAGCAUCCUACAUCUUCUGAUGGGGAGCUUGACUGGGUUAAAGCCUGGCAAGAUGAGGGGGGUAUCCCGUUGGCUGACCAGACGUGGCUUAGGGAGGACCAGGAACGAGGCCUCUACACGCCCGCUCCCGUCUACAGGGAUGAAAACGGUUUCCUCAAGCAUCGCCGGGGUAUUAGAUCAGACUGCAUGUGGUUCUACCCUCCAGAACCACCGGGCUUCGUUGGAGGAGCUGUCCCUGGACCUCAGCUCUUUUUCCGCAGCAGGGUGUUUGUUUGGAGACCUGUUGGGGUCUGGAGAUGCUCCCUGAAGUGUCCGCGUGGAGAUGAGUGCGCGGGGAAAGGACACGAUGUGUACCUGUACCAAUCUGGCUUCCAUCACCAGGUACGCCACAUCUGUGACGUGUCCAGCUGGUACACGCUGCUGACUGAAGUGCUGUGCUGCGGGCCGUGCACCAAGGCUGCCGGAGCUGGAGGAGGAGGCACCGUGGGACGGUGGCCUGCGUGGGACCCUGCUGUUGUGUCCCAGCUUAGCGAGGCUCACCAAGCUUUGUUUCCUGCUGUGCUCACGAGCGAGUGCGGGGUGGAUAAGAACGUAGUGCGGCUUUUCCGUGACAGAACCAAGGACAACGCCAUGGUCAAGGUGUGGAGCCUAAUCCAAGAAUUCCACACGGACGAGCAUCUUCACCGUAUAGAUCUGUAUACCACGCUCUUGAUGACAUUAGUGAAGCCUGGGGGGGUCGCUUCUGCUUUCCGCCACAAGUUUGAGCGCCCGCCUCCUGCCAGAGAGCUGCCCUCAGCACAGCUCCUUCGCCAGGUCUUUCUCCUGGCAGAGGCCCAGAAUGUGCUGCACCACAGGGCUCAGAUCCCGUCAACAUCUGGACCCGCACUGAGCUUCCACGCCACCAGACAGCCAGUCACCAAGCUGACAUCCAUCUCAGCGGCUGACGUUCCUCCAACACCUCUUCAGCCUGCUGUCCUCCCUCCGCCAAGUUACCCUGUGACUGACUUUAAAUUCACAGAGAGCACAGCAGGGACCAAGGACUCGAAGAGGACAGACCUCGUGAUGCCCGUCUCCCGGUCUGCUCCCCAGCCACAGCCUGGAUCACAGACUCCUAUGAGAUGUGAACCCGUUGUGGCCUCCUCCGCCUCUCUAGUCUCUAAAUCCCCUGGGCACGCAGUCAGGCCCAUUCUGCCUAAGGUGACCCCUGUUCAGUCCAGCUCUGUGUCUUCCCAGCCUCCUGGGGCCACGGCUACCUCGUCUCCAUCCCCAUCGUGGUCCAGGGCCACGCUUUACAAACGGAAACAACAGGGGCUUUCCUUCUUGGUGGGGGGAAAAAAAUCCAGGGUGCAAAACAACCCUGUUUGCACGAUCUGUGGACAGAUGACCCAGGGACACAACAAAUACAAAAACAAGGCCUUCUGCCCUGUAAAAAAGAUGUCCACAUCAAAAGGUCUCACGGGCAUCAAGUUUGAACGUUUUGAGGACUUUAAGUUGGCUGUUGACUCCAAAGAUGCUGCUGUUUAGUUUUUGUUGGGUUUGGUUCAACACGAUGGCCCUGCACAGCAGGUUGGAGCUCGUUUGAUUUGCACCGACGCAGAACUGCAGCUGUGGUUUCUAUUUCAUUUUGUACACGAGAUAAAACUUGUGACUUUAGUAUUUUUUGCACUAAUUGAUGCCGUUUGCCAGCUGUGACGUUCCUUUUGUAUUUUUUUACACAGUUAAAGCUUGUUACUAUCAUUUAAAUGUUUAAAUAUUUGCUGUUUCCACUUUUUAAUAAAGUAUCUGUAGCAGGACAGCGAGCGUCCUGAUGUGUCUGCUAGACUUAAAUUACAGAGUCACGCUGAAAAAGUACAGGGCUGCAUGGUGGCGCAGUUGUUGGCACUGUUGCCUCGCAGCAAGAAGGUUGCAGGUUUGAAACCCGGAUGCGGUCUUAUACAAAUAAGCAUGCGUGGGUUUCCUCAGGGUACUCCGGUUCCCCCACAGAUCACAACAUGCCCUAUAGGUUAACUAUUGUACAUCGCCUUGAAUAAAAGCAUCUGCCACAUAAAUAAACAUA